AUGAUUGUUCACACAGCAUGUCCACAGCCUGCGGUCCCGCCCCAGCCUGGAGUGAUUGUACUCGACAGCUUGGAUGUCGUCUCGAGUCACCUGAAGAGUCGAUGCCUGCGUCUGUUCGCCCCCCCACAGGACGAGAAGCCAGCAUUGAUUGAUAUGCUGAGUGGCCGCAGGGUGUGUUCCGAGGGACUCACAGGCUCCACAGCUUUGCGGCGCUCGGCGGAUCGAGCUACGUACCAAGGCCUCCGAUGCCAUCCCCAAGCAGCGGAUCAGCCUAUGACGCCAACCGUGGAAACAAGGCCCAAACUCGAACUCAUUCAUUGCAGCACCAAAGUGUGCACCGCAGCAGACUCCCAAGACGUCAAGAGCUCAAACGCCGCUUAUGUUUGA